AUGACAGUGAAAAGGCAAAUGAAGAAGAACAAAAUUGUCUGCAAAUUGGUUUGGUUUCAAAACCGAAGAGCAAAAUGGAGAAAAAAGGAACAGUUACGACGUUCUAAUGGUAACACCUUUACAACAGCAGCAAAACCUGAUGAACAAACCGGUGUCAACAAGAAAUCUGACGGAAAUGAGAUCAAGGAAACUGGUCGAGGAAGUAAUCCUGGCCGAGUGUUCUCCAUCGAAAGUCUUUUAGCGGCAUCUCGGGUUCCACGAGGAAGGCGACCAAACGCUAAGUAUCCGCGUGUUCAAAAUUUCUGA